AAUUCCGCGUCGCUCCUCUUCGUUCCUUGUUCAUCAAGUGUUGCUACUUUGCGUUUUCCCAUCAUCAGCGCGCAACUUUGAGAUCAACCAAGCCGCCUGAGGUCCGUCUUCGUGUGUUUUCCCAGAUAACUUGAUUUCGUCGAGUCUUUCACGUAAAAAUCGAGUGUUUAUUCCCAAAAAUCGUGCUCGCGAGGUGAAGAGAGCAAGAAACGCUGCCACUUUCGUCAGGGCGCGCCGAUAUCUUCGUCGGCGGUGCACACCUGUGGUGCAAAGAGAGUCGGUUAAGUGUGUCCGCGGUGAAAAGUAGGUUACCACGGCCCGUGUCCUUGGCUCCGGUGCCUGAUACGACUCACAGAGCGCGUUACGCUGAGAACGCGCUUCUCGGCCCAGUUUAUUCGUCGCGCACUUUUACGUAACGCGGGACGAGGAAAAAGAAUUUUUUCGAAAAAUUUGCUGUUCUUGUGUUAUUUCGAUCCGAAUUAGGAGAUCAGAGAUAAAAAAAUGAGUGUCGAGAUAAUGUGCGGGUCGUGGUGAUACUUUCCGGCGGAGACUGUUGGUUCUCAACCGGCUGUGAUUUUCAUUUUGGUUUAAAAGUGGAGGAAACGAGGUGCGUCGUAUAAGUUAAAGAUUCGUUGAGGAUGAUCUCAUAAGUGUUUUCUUAAAGGUAGUGUUUUGUUGAAAGUGAUACAGAAGUGUAAUUAGUGCCCCUUAUUUGGAUUAAUUUGGAUUUAAUGCAAGCACCAGCCAGAGAAACAGCAACCGAAAUCGUCUUUUAAGAAUGCAGAGACAAAGCUGGAGAAGUUCGGAGGUGGAGGUAGCGCGUAUGCGCCCCAUAAGCGCGGCUGGCUAAUAGCCCCAAAGCUCAUCCCCGACACCCUGCAGCCACACACCUGGUAAGUUUUCGUUAUAGUUCACCAUAGCAGAUUCGAUUAGCAGUCAGUGUGACAUGGAUGUGAGCUACACGAACGUGUUGGAGGUCUCUCGCCAGUACUUCCAGGGACUGCCCGUACCGAGUACGGCAGAUGCUACCUUGACGGAGAAUGUUACAACCUCGACAUCAACGUCCUUCGACAAUGGAACGUCAACAACAUACUCAUCCACCACGACGCCUUCGGUGGCAUCGACACCCGCGACUAACAAUAUCAGUGAAAAUCAGAGAUACUCGGAAUCAAAACUUGAUGAGACAGGGUCGUCUAGUUCCUAUUGGAAUCCACCCGGUCCGAAUGAGUUGCGACCAGUCGAACCUUAUCCUCCUCAGCUCACCAGAGUUGAAGUACCAGAUACCAGGCCUGAAGAUUCUGCCAUGGAGCCAGGACACGGGUCCUCCACUUUAACCGAAAUGCAACCGUCAAAACCACGAUCGACGGAGCAGAAGCAAGAACCUUCGUCGACGGUUCAACCUAGUGAACACCCUAUACUCUCACCACAGUUGCAUCAAAUGCAGCCGCCAAAUUCACAUUCUCCAGCGCCUGUCUAUCAACAGUUGAGUAGUGUCACCAGGACACCAUAUUCUUCUGCCGAGUCGCUUACAUCGCAUACAACUUAUCAGGGAGAAAGAGCAUCGCCAAGUGCAUCUAUCGUGGCCCAAAGGGUUCAGUACUAUCCGCGGUACCAUCACCCAGAUAUUAGGAAAAGCGCACCUGUGCCCUUUUCCCAGAGCUCAAUGUACCAGCCCAACAACGUCCCGCCAUCAGCCUCGCCGUCAGGCACUGUACCGAUAAGACCUGCUUCCGCCGAACAAGGAAACUCCGUCUCGAUUCCACCCUCGAGUCAUCAUCAACAAGAUCAGCAACGAGUUCCUACAGCCUAUUCGCCAGCGCAGAGCCUUGUAGGAGGAUCAUCUGUUUACGGAACAUCACCGCAGAAUCAUCAUCCCCCCACCUACCUCGGCGCUCAGCGUCGAAUCGGAUCAUCCAAUCUUACUGGCUUAGGAGUCCAGCAUUCCGACGGACAUUCCUCCUCUUCGUCCAGCUCGUCCGUAAAUCCAUGCAGUCCACGACUUGGCUCUAGUAGUACCACUGCUGGUAGUUCAAGUCACAUUCCUUCGCCAUACAAUAUGCCGGCGCACAUUCCGUCACCGCAUCUACCAUCAGGCUCAUCAUCAGCUUCGACGUCACUGCCUCCUCAUCAACAUCCUAGUCGAAACGUGCCUAGUUCGCACACACUUAUCUCUAAUACGUAUCCGGGCCGAACGGUGCUCACCUCAUCGGGGAAUCAACAGAUGGGUCAUCCGCAAAGUUCGACGGGAUAUCAUCCAAUUCCCUCACCACACGAACUCGGCCAACAUACAUCACCGUCGCCUCAGAGACAGUCACCACAUGUUUCUCUGCAUAAUCCUCACGCAUCUCCUCAUCAUACUCCCUCGCCACACAAUAAUUACCAUCAACCUCAUUCGCCGCCCUACCCACCACCUCCAUCAAGAUCGACACCUCAGUCCUACAGCAGUGUUCCUCCUACUUCGCAACAGUAUCAAGUCGCACCCAGAUUCUCGAACCCUUACCACUCAACGCCUCAGUCUUCGCACCAUUCCUUUCAGAAGAGUCCCCAACCGCCGCACUCGAGUUAUUAUCCGCAGCCUGGAAGACCUCACUACCCGCAACACAUAGGAGUUCCUGCACAAACCUCGCUCGCUUGUUCAACACCAGGAAGCAAUGGAGCAGUCUACCAGAGUUCGCAAGUCAAACCUGUCACCUACAAUGGAGCUGACACCAAGAAAGGCCCAGCUGAUGUGACAACCUACGGUUCCUACCGCCCGCCUCCGGCUCCUAUUCAACGAACUGCAAAUACGCACAACCUGCCGCCUAUUGCAUCUCUCUCCUUUCCGAAUAGAAACUCUAGGGAACCACUUGCGAAAUCUCAAGCGGUUCAGCGACAACGAACGCAUUCCAUGAGCACCGUUACCAAGGCUCCCUUGUCACAAACUGGACCAUCGAUGGUAGCUCCUCGUAGAGUUGCCGACUAUCCUGUUAAUCAUGCGCCGAUGAGUCAUGCACUACCGAUCAACGGAAGGAUAACGACUGUACCGAGUUCCUCCUACAGCAGGUACAAUCAACAAGGAGGAUAUCCACCUUAUGCAACGACUGUCGCACCAAGCCAUUACGGCAGCAACUCUUCCAGUAGCACAACAGUCACGUCGGUCAGUCUUCCUACCAGACCCACCGUUCCAACUCAAGCUAACCAUCAGUAUCCGACAGCUGAUCCGAGUCGACCCACAGCGCCUUACUCCGGCGUUACUCGAGCGCCGGAGAAUUACGGUUUCAAAGAAUACUAUCCAAAUUCUUCGACUUACUCAAGUAAUUCUGCUGCUCCUACGCCAGCAGCAGCACCAGCACCACCACCUCCACCACCACAGAGCAAUGGUCUGCCCGUCAGAAAAAGAGAAUCUCCUCUCGAUUUGUCUGUGAAAACUGUCAAAACAUCUGCAGAUUCCACCGCUCAAGAUGACGAAGCUGGCAAUAUGGAUAGACAUGUCAGUAGUAGCAACUCUGUCUCUUCCAGGAGUAGCAGUGGGAGCAGGAAUAUGCUCCCUCCUGCACAACCACCACCUGCUAGCUUAUUCACAUUUGACGCAAGGAGUACCAAUGGAGCGAGAAGCUCCAGUGUAAGUAGCGUCAGGGCCUCGACGCCUCACACAGUUUGUGCGCCGAAAGUAGAAUUCUAUCCAAAUUUCAAUACAGCACCCAUGCGGCAACACACCCAGAGUCGUGAGAACUCAUUAAGAAGAAGUUCGGCACAGCAGCUCUAUGCGCCACCCCAGCAAAGUACAAUUUCUUUGCCACAUAUGUCCACUUUCAAGAAGAGCUCAUUGCCCUCGACACCUCUUUAUGAUGGCAAGUCCAUGCCUCAGUCUCCUUACCAUCCAAACGAUCCUUCCUUGGCGAGAACAUCGAGAUAUCCAUCUGUAAUUGACCCAGCCAGAACUACACAUGCACUGCCUCAUCAAGAGACUUCCGACCCAAACAAGUAUUAUCUCGACAGUAGAAACAAGUUCACUCCGCCCGCGAAUCAAGCAACAGAGAAACUUCCAAUGAAAAGACCGUCGGAAGCAACUUACAGCGGCGCUUCUCCUAACAAACAGCCUAGAGUGGACGCGUGGCGCAUGGCUAUAGAUGAACAGAUUCAGCAGAAACUCUCAUCUGCGCGUGCACUUCUUGACCAACAGAAGAGACAGGAAACGAAUCUACCACCUCCUUUGCCUAACGGUUCGAUGGUUGCGCCUGGUGCUUACGACCAGAGGACCGAUAUACGUUACUCGUCAGAACCGGCGAGAUAUCAAGCAUACUGUGAUAAAAAAAGCUACCAGGAUCUAAAAGUCCCACGUAGUUCGCCCGCCUACAUGCAACCGAUCUCGAAGCCAUCAAAUGUCCACUCCAUGCCUCAACCGUCCGGAAGCCAAAUGAGCUACCACGGUUAUCGGCCUGGACAAAGGAUGCCUUAUGGUAGUGGCGUCGGUCAACCUGGAGGUCAACCGAGCAAUACUGGUGCUGAUAAGAGGGUGCUUAGUCUCCUCAGGAAUAGCCUCGAGAACAAACAACAACGGGAAGAGCAGAUGAACAGUCAGCAACCCAUUCUUGUCAAUCAUAGUCAACAGAGCUUCCAGAAUAAGGUCGUUACACCAGUCGAGCCAAAAACGAACAUCGGGAGACAUAACCUCUCGCCGUUCACGGCAGCAAGUCUCUUGGAGCGUAACAGCAAUACACCUCCCCAUUAUAAGUUCCACGUGCCAAAAGCUGUGGAUUCGAUCACUCAGGAUGGCCCUCGCGGCAUGUACGGAUCGAGGAUGAAUAUAUCAGCGACACUACCUGGAAAGGAGUCUCUAUUAAAUCCGCGUGGAAUGGAUAAUCAGAUGCUUCGGGAGAAGGAUGAUGGGUUGGCUGCCAAGUUCAGGACCAAGGGCGAAUUGAAGCAGGUUGGAACGGGACAGUUUGCCUCGAAACCACCAGCGUUGUUGGCGCAAGAAACAACAGCGAUUUCUAAAGAUCUCGAAGGUGCAGCUUCGACAUCGACACCUCAAACCCCAGGUUCUUCCGCAGGCAGUCCUCCAAAACUGACUCGUGAAAAAUUGGCUGGUUUACCUCCGAGAAGAAGACUCUUCUCGAGAACGGAUGAGGAAAAUAUGCCUACAUCUGCUACCGUACCUGCACCUGCCAUAGCUUCGACGGUGUCUCCUAGAGCUAGUGGACUCAGAAGCUCUUCUGAGACUUCAGUAUUUGACUUCAGGGAGAGCGAUUCCGAGGGCGAAAUGCCUGUUUUGGAAAGACAAACCCUGGAGGAGAUGAGGAGGGACCGAAAGCAGCUGUCGAAAGUACAGCCACCUGUACCGCUGAACGAUGCCAUGUGCAUGGGAAUGACGUCUUCAGCGGAUCUUGUCAAGAUCGAACUGAAGGAAAAUGACAAAAUUACUGAAAUGGAUCCAUUUUGGGCAGCCACAUGUGAUAAGUUUAUGGAACAAUUACGCAAUGGAGACUCGGUAAAGAAGCGAGGUCGUAAGAAGAAGACUGAAACUCCCGUAUUAAAGGUCGAAGAUAAUCUAGAACCUGGUGUCGGGGAAACUGAGUCUGAGACACUGCAGCCUGUAAUAAGGCCUGAAGACAUCAAGAAGGAAAUUCCAGAUGUAGAACCUGUCAUCAAGGAAGCCCCAUUAAAGAAGGAAGAGACUAGCAAAGAAGUUUCUCCCGCAGAAGUCAAGACUGAGUUGAAAGCCGAGGUUCUAGUGAAAGAAGAGGAGAAGGAAACUAAAGAUGAGAAAGAAGCAAAAGAAGAUAAGGAACCUAAAGACGACAAAGUGAAGGUCAAAAGCAAAGAGAAAACUAAAGGAAAGAACUCGGCUGAUGACUCGGAUGAAUUGCCUCUGAUAAAAAGAGCAAAAAAGAAGAAAUCGAAAAAGGACGACAGCGAUGGCGAAGAGGAAAUUGUCUCUAGUAAAACUAGAGUCCGUCGAGGAAGUAGAAUCAAGUUAGAAUCUUCGAGCGGUAGUGAGUCCUCAAGUGAAGAGAGUGAUGCUAGUACCGAAUUCGGGCAAGGUUCGUCAGUCGCGGAUAGAUUGCGCGCUAGAAAACGAACCGGGAAGGAAAAGGUGGACAGCGAGGGUAUGAAACUUCGCUCGAGAGGAAACACACCUCACAAAGGAAAGCAACAAGACAAGGAGACGAAAUCUCUGAAAGGAACGCCCAAUAAGUCGAAGCCUAAACCACUUUUCGGAGAUGGGAGUGAUUUCAGACCGGGUUGGGAGGAAGAGGUCUACGUUUAUAAAAAGUCCCUGAGAAUGCCCUCGCGAUUAAUAACCGUCUCGAAGCCCGCAAGAUUCCACCGGUUAUCAACAUCUCUUCCCGACUUGGAUCCAGGCUCGCCCGCGCUCUCUGUUUCGAUGGACAGUGCUGACGUCUGUCUGAGUCGGAAGAGAGCAGACAGCGAUGCGGAAUCCAACUCCAGUUUCAGCAUAGCGGGACUCGGAACUAAAAUCGAAGAUGAAGAAGCCACAUCAUCAACGACAGUCUCUUGUCCCACGAAACUCACAAGAUACUCGAGAUCGGAAAAUAACUCGAUUGUCGACGUUCUGGCUCAGAAGGUGGGCACCAGUAAAAAGGAUGCGAGGAAAACGAAGGACAAAGUUGACAAGAGUCCGGCCAAGUUUCUUCGAAGAAGUAACAACGAGCCCGAAUUACUUCCGACUCCGAGUCUCACGCCUUUGGUGUCUGAGGAGCCAAAGGUCAAGGGAAAGACGCCCGUGAAGAACAGCAAGUCUUCGUCGAAACUGGUGAAGGUUUCGGACAGUCUUCUUGGCUAUUUCCGAAAAGAGACGAUAAACAACUUCCGCGACACUUUCAAAAAUAAUCAUGCGCUGCCCAAUGCUUUCUCGACUGCAGUGCUGAAGAGCAGAACAAGAACGGAGACGCGAGUGUUGAAGAAACAGGCGACGAUUCGCGAAGUGUUUGGCGAAGAUAGGCCAGCUUCGGCUCCACCGAUGAGAAAUCACGGAGACACUUCGCAGGAUGAUGACUCGCAGAAUGAGUCCCAGGUUGGUGUGGUCGAGAGAUCGCGGACCCUGAAGCGGAAAGUCGUGUCUCGAUGGAGAAAUGCCGGACUCCUUCGUAGCAACAAGGCGAUAAUUAACUCGAAAAGACACCUGCUCACAGCGAAAAGACGGAAAGAUUUGAUGAAAUCGAUAGCUCAUAAUAAGUUGAAGCAUCCGAAGGAGAUAAAGAAGGAAAUUGAGGAUGAGGACGAUGAGGAGGACGAGGACGAGGAGGCUCAGGUAGCUGAGGUGAAUGAGCCGGAAGUAGAUAAUAAUGACGAUGCAGAAUUGCCUAGCAAAAAGAAGUUUAGAACUGGUCGGCGGAAAUUCCGCUCUGGAUUCGAUUAUUUGAGGAAGAAGAAGAAGCCUUUGAAGAAGGACGAGGCUCUGCCGAAGGAGCGAAAGAGGCAAGCGGUGCCGAAGCCAAGCCCAGAGUGCGAGGCUGAUAUUCAAACGGAGAUCAGAACCUGGGUGAUCAAGAAGGGAGUGGGGGAGACGAUUUUACAUCGGGCAGCUAGAUUGGGUUACACGGAUGUGGCUGCCUACUGUUUGGAAAAGCUCAACAAUGUUCCAAGUCCGAAAGACAAUGCAGGGUACACUCCACUUCACGAGGCGUGUGCGAAAGGUCACCUUGAAAUUGCCAAACUUCUUCUCGCGUAUGGAGCAAAUGUCAGUGAGAGUGCCAAUGGAGGAAUAAGGCCUCUUCACGAAGCUGCAGAAAGCGGAGCCGCUGAACUGGUGCGACUGUUACUGUCAUACGGGGCCGAUCCUUUAUUGGCUACUUAUGCUGGACACACUCCACUGAUGCUGGCUGUUGAAACCGAAGCUUACACGAUUCUCGAACAGCACUUAGCUGACAUCCAAGGUCGUGCAUGUCAGCCCUGGUAUUUCGGCGGACCAGCAUCAAUUUUCGAUCCGGAAGAAUCUGGCUACAAUCCUCUGGAAGAUCCACCGGCCGAGUCCCCGAAGGUGGAGAUGGAAGAAAUAGAAAUGGAAGUGAGCGACGUUAAUCUUCCAGUCCUCUUCACCCUGACUAACGACCCGGACAAGUGGAUUCUCCUGCAGGAUUUGAUGACGGCUUUGAAAAUGAAGAGUCGAGAUGCCCUCCUGAGACAAGUGAAUCCAAAAGCGCCGACUGGUCCGCCUGCAAUAGCGCAUCGGGACGUCCUCAAGGAGCUGAAACUCGCGGACUUUUUGGAUCAAUCGAGGUGUUGUCACCUCUUGAGUGCCGGGGAAAAAAUCAAUGUGCGUGGCUCAAAAGUAUCGUUAAUUAAGUACAAUGACAAGGUCAAGUCACUGCUGAAUGUGGAGCGAGUUCUGAUUGACAUGAGGUGACAAAAGGCAAUCGGGGAAAAGUCUUCCUCCAAAGACAAGCCCUCAACCUCAAAUUCUGCGAGUGAGAAGCCUCCGAAGCAAAUUAUUGUUAAAUUAGAGAACAGAAUUUCGACCAUUAGUCCUUCGAAACGAGAGAGGAAAGUCAAAUUGCGGCAGGUCAAAAAUUCGGUUGAAUAGGUCAAUCAAAUAAGCAAAAUAAGCAUUUUUUUGUUUGUUUGUUUGUUUGUUUGUUCAUAGACGAUUAAACGUUUGUUAUUGACUGAUUUCUGGAUGAAAUCCGGCAGUUUGACUGUGAUGAUAUUACGGAAUUGACUUUUGUUGUUUUGCAAACAAAAAAAUUUGUUCAGGGCUAUUUGAAGAUUCAGGCAAAUUGUGAAAAAAUUAGGGAAUUUUUUCUUAGAAAAUCUUGGGAAUAAGUUGAUAGCUUAUAGGGUAAUCUAGAAUCUUUUAAAUCCUUCAAAGAAAAAUGGAAAUUUUUAAAAAUUACAAAAAUGACAAUUUAACGAAUUUGAAAA